AUGUACUCCUCAAAACCGCUGAAUCUUAAAAGGCUACAUCAUGAUGACAAGCAUAAAGAGGACGGCGAGGGCGACGAAACAGACCCGGACGCCGGGUCCGACCAAAGUAACGAGGAUGACGAUAACAUCGCGGCAACUGAAGAGAACGAAGAAAACGAGGACAACAACGACAUCAAGGGCAACAUAUAUGGCAAAGACAAAGACGGCAGCAGAGACGAUGAGAAAUAG